AUGACGCUAAGACAACCCCUGCACCUCAAACAUGGUGAUUCCUUCAGCAUCUUCUACGGCACCCAUUCCGUCUUUGGCAAAUUCCUCCCAUCCGGUCGCGAGAUCGCCUGCACCAAGACUUCGCACGAGACCAUUGUGACCCUCAUGGUUAACUCCAGAGAGGAAGUAGAUGCGCUAAUUAAGAAGGGGCUGGAAGCAGGUGGGACGCCAGGUCCAAUUAUGAUACCGGAGAGUUGUGCUGGCGGACUCUACACCAGGAGCAUGGAAGAUCCGGAUGGGCAUCUUUACGAAGUUGCUUAUUAUGAUGAGGAAACAACGGCUGAAGCAGCAGAGCGAGGUGGGAAGAAAGACGAGUGA